GUCCCCGUGCGCUGUGCACUGUGGGUAAGAACCCGUUCUCCGCCCGUAGGCGGUGUCUGAGGUGUGCGUGGCGUGAGGAAGGCCGCGUGGGUCUAUGGUGGCGCUUGCCUCAUGCGGAACUCCCCGCUCUCUGGGCUUUGGGGGCGCCGAGGGGAUGGGGAUAGAGCUCUGGCGGCGUCUGCUACUCUCCCUCUCGCUGCUGUUCGUGCUGCUGCCUGGAGCCCCGGGCUUCACUUCCUCUCUGGACAGUGACUUUACUUUUACUCUGCCCGCCGGGCGCAAGGAGUGCUUUUUCCAACCCAUGCAUCACGAAGCCUCGCUGGAGAUCGAGUACCAGGUUUUAGAUGGAGCAGGAUUAGAUGUUGAUUUUUACCUGAUAUCACCAAAAGGCGAAACUCUGGUUUUUGAACAGAGGAAAUCAGAUGGGGUCCACACAGUGGAGACAAUUGAUGGUGACUACAUGUUCUGCUUUGACAACACAUUCAGCACCAUUUCAGAGAAGGUGAUUUUCUUUGAACUAAUUUUAGAUAAUGCCGGAGAAGAAGAAGAUCAAGAAGAUUGGAAGAAGUAUAUUACUGGCACAGAUCUUCUGGAUAUGAAACUAGAAGACAUUUUGGAAUCUGUCAACAGUGUCAAGUCUAGGCUAAGCAAAAGCAUUCAGAUCCAGACCCUGCUGAAAGCAUUUGAAGCUCGUGAUAGAAACAUACAGGAAAGCAACUUUGAUAGGGUAAACUUCUGGUCAAUGGUCAACCUGGCAAUAAUGGUUAUUGUGUCUGCUGUUCAGGUUUACAUGCUGAAAAGUCUCUUUGAAGAUAAAAGGAAAACUAGAACUUAGCUUUGUGUGAUAAGAGCAAUAAACAGAAACACGCAAUAUGCAGCUACAGCAAAGGAGAUUGGUGUUACUUUCCAGUUUGUUUUGAACAGGCAAUAUUUAAGCUUCACAAAGGACUCUUCAAAAUGGACAAAAUGCCUUUCUUUUCUGUCAACACAAGUGCAAUAGGUCAGUUUUUAGAUUUGUUGCAUAAGUUAAUACUUGUCAAAAUCUCUUGUGACAUCUGUAUUGCACAAAAUAAAGAAUUUUUUUUAGUAUUUGCUAUACCUGUACAUAUCUGAUGUCUUAAUCUGUUGGCCUAGCUACAAAAAUUUUAAAUAGAUCAGAUUUGGAUUUAUGAAAUUAUGAAUUGUGUAUUCAGUAUUUGAGUCUACCUGAUUUGGUAAACUCAGGUAAAAGAAAAUCUGCUGCAAGUGAACAAUGCUAUUCUUCUGUCUGUAAGUUUCACUGGGCAUCAGAAGAUACUCUUGUGACUUAGUUGUACCAAUAAGUUCAACAGAGCAGCAUCUGAUUCUACAUGAAUGAAGUGGCCUCUUGACUUCAACUUCAUGUUCAAUUACAGUGUAAUAUUAACAGGUUGCACUUUUACAAGGGUUGAAGCAGUAUGUCAUAGUACAGUAUAAGUCACUAGAGUCCUGCAGGGAUUGUUGAGCUAAUACCCCAAAUCAGUAUUUUUUUGCAACAGAUUUUGAGAUACAAAAUUUCAGAAAUGGUACGAAGGCCAAACUCAGUGAGAUAUUUGGUCACAAGCACUAAAUACUGUAUGUGCAGCUCUGCAGUGGGGCAAAUAAUGCCCCCUCCCCCAGCCAUUUUGACUUGAGAAAACAGCCCAGGAGUAAAGUCAGAACCCCCUGUCUUCACCCAUGCUGUGGUCCUGGGCUGAACUCCUUUCCAAUGUGCUUGUAAACUUGAUUUCCGUCUAAUCAUGUCUGGCAGUUGCCCAAUCAAAGUCAGGUCUGGGGAACCUGAACCCUCACUUGUGGCCAAGUGUCCUGCCUAGUUUGGCACUUUAAAACUAGUACGAAACGGUGCACGUUUAAUAUGCUGCUACUUUUGAAUUUUGAACAAAACCAAUUUUACUGUGUUGCACAUGGGUAUUUUAACUCAGUAAGUGCCUGGUCCACUUUUAGCAGUCCACUUUAGUCAUUGUUAGCAGCCUCAGUCUAUGGAGCAACUUUAGUCUUCCCACUUCACUAAUCUUCAUGCUGAUUAGCAGAAAAACCAUUUCUGUAUGUAAAUGCAAUUUAUGUAAUAUGUUUAAACUAACUCUAUGUAAGGAAUGACUAGAAAAUUGUAGUUCUGAAGCCCAAGCUAGCUGUACUAACACAAGCAUCGCUUUUCACAAUAAUAAGGUACAGUGAAAUUGGGUAGGGGAAUACCACCACUCAAGUGAAUCCUCACAGACAGUUGCUACAAGCACUCAUACAAGUAGCAAGUUUAGAAUGGAAAAAAUGACUUGCUGCUGGCUAUUCUAUAUAUGAAAGGAAAAUAAAGGAUGACAGAAACAUCACAUCUGAUUUUUCCCUGAAUAUUAUGAAAACCUAAGUAUAUAGCUGUAAACAGAUUUACAGUGUAUAGAGUAGGAGAAGAGAAAAUGUCAGCACAACUGAGUUGGUCCCAUUGUUAACUUUGAGUGGCCAUUUUUCUGAGUGCAUAUGAUUUUUGAUAGCUUGUUCAUAAUUCUGUGUUGUGAGAAAGACCCAUAAAGUAACCAAAAAUAAAACUAAGUAAAAUGUC